UCUUUCAUUCUUCAAGGUGAACUUCACAGUAGACCAGAUACGGGCCAUCAUGGACAAAAAGGCCAACAUCAGAAACAUGUCUGUGAUCGCCCACGUUGAUCACGGCAAAUCAACAUUGACUGAUUCUCUGGUAUGCAAAGCUGGUAUCAUCGCCUCUGCCCGUGCGGGGGAGACCCGUUUCACCGACACAAGGAAAGAUGAGCAGGAACGGUGCAUUACCAUCAAAUCAACAGCUAUUUCUCUAUUUUAUGAGCUCUCUGAAAACGAUUUGGCCUUCAUCAAGCAGAGCAAGGAUGGUUCUGGUUUCUUGAUCAACCUGAUUGACUCUCCUGGGCACGUGGAUUUCUCUUCAGAGGUCACCGCUGCCCUUCGUGUCACUGAUGGUGCCCUGGUUGUUGUAGAUUGUGUCUCUGGCGUGUGCGUGCAGACAGAGACUGUGCUGCGUCAGGCCAUUGCCGAGAGGAUUAAGCCUGUCCUGAUGAUGAACAAGAUGGACCGAGCGCUGCUGGAGCUGCAGCUAGAGCCAGAAGAGCUGUACCAGACCUUCCAGCGCAUCGUGGAAAACGUGAACGUCAUUAUCUCCACGUAUGGAGAAGGAGAAAGCGGCCCCAUGGGAAAUAUUAUGAUCGAUCCAGUGCUUGGUACCGUCGGCUUUGGUUCUGGCCUGCAUGGCUGGGCUUUCACUCUGAAACAGUUUGCUGAAAUGUAUGUUGCAAAGUUCGCUGCCAAGGGUGAUGCCCAGCUGAAUCCAUCUGAGCGUGCCAAGAAAGUAGAAGACAUGAUGAAGAAGCUGUGGGGAGACAGAUAUUUUGAUCCUGCUACUGGCAAGUUCAGCAAGUCUGCUACCAGCCCUGAUGGAAAGAAACUGCCCAGGACCUUCUGCCAGCUCAUCCUUGACCCCAUCUUCAAGGUUUUUGAUGCAAUCAUGAACUUCAAGAAGGAGGAGGCGGCUAAACUGAUCGAGAAACUGGACAUUAAGCUUGACAGCGAAGAUAAGGACAAGGAGGGCAAACCCCUGCUGAAGGCCGUGAUGAGGCGGUGGCUGCCUGCUGGAGAUGCCCUGCUGCAGAUGAUCACCAUUCACCUGCCUUCUCCUGUCACAGCCCAGAAGUACCGCUGUGAGCUGCUCUACGAGGGACCCCCCGAUGAUGAGGCUGCCAUAGGUAUCAAGAACUGUGACCCCAAAGGCCCCCUGAUGAUGUACAUCUCUAAAAUGGUGCCAACCUCUGACAAGGGACGUUUCUACGCUUUUGGACGUGUCUUCUCCGGUCUUGUCUCGACUGGCUUGAAAGUCAGAAUCAUGGGGCCAAACUACACACCUGGCAAGAAGGAGGAUCUGUACCUGAAGCCAAUUCAAAGGACCAUUCUUAUGAUGGGCCGCUACGUUGAACCCAUCGAGGAUGUGCCUUGUGGAAACAUUGUUGGUCUGGUUGGUGUCGACCAGUUCCUUGUGAAGACUGGAACCAUCACCACCUUCGAGCACGCUCACAACAUGAGAGUCAUGAAGUUCAGUGUCAGCCCUGUCGUGCGUGUGGCUGUGGAAGCCAAGAACCCAGCCGACCUGCCCAAGCUGGUGGAGGGACUGAAGCGUCUUGCCAAGUCUGACCCUAUGGUGCAGUGCAUCAUUGAGGAAUCUGGAGAGCACAUCAUCGCUGGUGCAGGGGAGCUGCACUUGGAGAUCUGCCUGAAGGACCUGGAAGAGGACCAUGCCUGCAUUCCUAUCAAGAAAUCGGAUCCUGUUGUGUCCUACCGUGAGACGGUCAGCGAGGAGUCCAACGUGAUGUGCCUUUCCAAGUCCCCCAACAAACACAACAGGCUGUACAUGAAGGCCCGGCCCUUCCCAGAUGGCUUGGCCGAAGACAUCGACAAGGGUGAGGUCUCUGCUCGUCAGGAGCUGAAGCAACGAGCUCGUUACCUGGCUGAGAAGUACGAGUGGGAUGUCACCGAAGCCAGGAAAAUCUGGUGCUUCGGUCCUGACGGCACUGGCCCCAACAUCCUGACCGACAUCACCAAGGGAGUGCAGUACCUGAACGAGAUCAAGGACAGCGUGGUGGCCGGCUUCCAGUGGGCGACAAAGGAGGGGGUCCUGUGCGAGGAGAACAUGCGUGCCGUGCGUUUUGAUGUGCACGAUGUCACCCUGCACGCUGAUGCCAUCCACCGCGGAGGCGGGCAGAUCAUUCCCACUGCCAGGAGAUGCUUGUACGCCUGCGUGCUCACCGCUCAGCCCAGGCUCAUGGAGCCCAUCUACCUUGUGGAAAUCCAGUGCCCGGAGCAGGUGGUCGGUGGCAUCUACGGUGUGCUGAACAGGAAGCGUGGCCACGUGUUUGAGGAGACCCAGGUUGCCGGCACCCCUAUGUUCGUGGUCAAGGCCUACCUGCCCGUCAACGAGUCCUUUG